AGCGAGUGCGCAUGCGCGGAGGUAGGGCCCGGGCAUUUUGCUGCGUCACCAGCCGCCGCCCGGCCUCACCACCCCUCGCUUGCACGCACGCACGUUCCUCCUCCGUCCUCGCGCCCCUUUUCCUACACUUUCCUCUUCUCUCCUCGACUGGAGGAGCCGCUCUCUGCGCGCGGUGCAUUCUGGGCACCCAGGUCGAGCCCGCCGCCGCCGUCGCCUGAGGGGAACGAGAAGAGGCCGCGACCGGGGAGAAAACGCCGGGAGUCGCCGCCGCCAGAGAGGAGUCGACUCCACGGUUGCUGCCGCCGCCGCCAGUGAGGCCCGCCCACCGGCUCGCCCGUCCCCUUGCCCCGUUCACAAUGCAGCCCGCUUCUGCAAAGUGGUAUGAUCGAAGGGACUAUGUCUUCAUUGAAUUUUGUGUUGAAGACAGUAAAGAUGUUAAUGUAAAUUUUGAAAAAUCCAAACUUACAUUCAGUUGUCUUGGAGGAAGUGAUAAUUUUAAGCAUUUAAAUGAAAUUGAUCUUUUUCAUUGUAUUGAUCCAAAUGACUCCAAGCACAAAAGGACGGACAGAUCCAUUUUAUGUUGUUUACGGAAAGGCGAGUCUGGUCAGUCAUGGCCACGGUUAACAAAAGAAAGGGCAAAGCUUAAUUGGCUAAGUGUGGAUUUCAAUAAUUGGAAAGACUGGGAAGAUGAUUCAGAUGAAGACAUGUCUAAUUUUGAUCGUUUCUCUGAGAUGAUGAACAACAUGGGUGGUGAUGAGGAUGUAGAUUUACCAGAAGUAGAUGGAGCAGAUGAUGACUCACAAGACAGUGAUGAUGAAAAAAUGCCAGAUCUGGAGUAAGCUAUAUUGUCAUCGCCUGAAUUUUGACAAAGAAAAUGAUUUCUCUGAAAAAUUUCAUAUUUGAGAGAAUUCCUGAGUUGAUAGUCAUAAAGGCAGAUGCUGUAUUUGCCUCCUUUAACCCAUUUUUCAACCUAUUUUUUUUUUUUAAGGCUUCACUAAGGGUUGAUAAAUACCAUUGUAUGGGGCAAUUUAAGGCUAAGGCAAUAACCUUAUGCAUGAACAUUUCCCAGACUUCCAUGAAGCUGUUGAGGGCCUUAGAUAAUCGAUACCACAGUUGUGAUAAAUACAGACAUUUCACGUAAGUCUCCUUUACUUCAUAACAUAGAUACUGACAUGAUAAGAGCUCUAUUUCGGGAAGGAUAAGUACAUUUUAGGUUUUAGAAGAGGGACUAAAAGUAGUUGAUACAAAUUGGCUGAUACCUUAAGUUGAUAAUUGGCUGUUCCUCUGGUAUAUCCUUCAGGAAUGUUCCACUAAAGUAUAUUUUUUAAAGAAUUUACUUUACAUUAUUGUAUGUAAGUGAUCACUUGUCAGUGUUCCAGAUGUAUCUUAGCUAAAAUUAGUGAAUGCCCUAACUUAGAUGGUUUUGAAGCCUAUACAUUUGGUAUUGUUUGGCCCUUAAGCUUUUACAUCUCUUAGCACGGAGGACGAAGAAUGCUGUACAUUGUUGCUUGAGAGUCUGUACAUUUAGACCAGAUUUGUAUUUGCACUGUCGGUAUGGCAAAUGAGUGAGAAAAAUGUUAAUACACUAUUAGAAAAUUUUUUAUUUCUUUUUUUUUUUUUUAAGUUCAGCUUACACCAUGGCUGAAAACCUCGAUUUUUGUUCAUGACAGUGGGGAUUUUUUUAAAUGUCUACAUUCUUUCUAAUAAACUGUUGGAAGACUUGGCUGUCCUUUUAAUUGUCUGGCUUACUGUAAUCUCAUGUAUUUACCAUUUACUGGAAUGGAAUUUUUAUUUUUGAGGGAGAAUUUGGGACUAUUCCUCUG